AUGAUGAUGGAUGUUUCAGAGGGCAUAGUGACAUUUCGGGCUGCUUCAAAUUGUUGGAACAAAAGUCAUGAUUAA